CGCUAAACCUCUUCUUGUCUCUCUCCAUUUUCGUUAAUUAGCGAUUUAAAAGGACAAACAAAAUUUAAUCCUUCAAAUCGGAAGGAAAAAAAAAACACACUAAUCCUCUACAAUUUGGAUAUUUUGUUUAGUAGUCCAUUCUUCAUCUCGAGAAAAACCAGAAACAUCCCACUGAUCUCUCUCGAAACAGUUCUUCCUUUUUACAGAGUCAAAUACAAAAGCAGGCAGUGAAAGCGACAAACUAUCCGUGACCUCCUCGAUUCUUUUAUUUUUCGGAAUUUUUAUCAAAAAAUUCCCUCUUUUUUUUCUUUUUCACGUGAUCUUAUUACAUUUGUUUGUUUUGUGGUAUACAUUGCUUAAAUCGUCGGGACUCUUUUGCUUUAUUACGCUUUAUAAAUAUCCCCUUUCAUUACAUUAUUCUCUCUUCCAAUUCAAAACCUUUUUCCAACGAUCUUACAAACUGAUCUCUGUAACUGUUAAUGGGUUUUGUGUCUCUGCAUUCUAUUCCUGGAAUCUGAAUUUAGGAUUUUGGGGGUUUUGCGUUUUGAGUUUGAACUUCACAAAAUCUUUCUUUUUACAUACUUUUGAGUUUGGUUUGUUUCUUUUAAGACAAAAGAGGAUGGGUAAGAUGAUGUCUGGUCUCAUCAUAACCAUUGCUCUAUUAUGCAUAAGCUUUGUUAUCUGUGUAGCAAAAGAGUGUACAAACAUUCCUACGCAGCUCUCAUCGCAUACUUUCCGCUACGACCUUCUGCAAUCAAAGAACGAAUCUUUGAAGACAGAGAUGUUCUCUCAUUACCAUCUAACACCAACUGAUGACACAGCUUGGUCUAGUCUGUUGCCAAGGAAGAUGUUAAGGGAAGAGGAAGAUGAAUAUGGUUGGACUAUGAUGUACAGGAAGAUAAAGAACUCAGACAACGCCUCUGGUAGCUUUCUCAAGGAAGUCUCUUUGCACGACGUUAGACUGGACCCAAAUAGCUUCCACUGGAGGGCUCAGCAGACAAACCUUGAGUAUCUAUUGAUGUUGGAUGUUGAUAGUUUGACCUGGAGCUUCCGUAAAGCAGCUGGUCUUGAUGCUCCGGGAGAUUACUAUGGAGGAUGGGAGAGACCAGAUAUUGAACUCCGUGGCCAUUUCGUCGGUCACUAUUUGAGUGCAACAGCUUAUAUGUGGGCAAGUACUCAUAACGAUACUCUCAAGCAGAAAAUGUCGGAUCUUAUCUCAGCUCUAUCUGCUUGCCAGCAGAAAUUUGGCACAGGGUAUCUCUCUGCUUUCCCUUCCAGUUUUUUCGACCGGUUUGAAGCUAUAACGCCUGUCUGGGCUCCUUACUACACCAUUCACAAGAUUUUAGCCGGCCUAGUGGAUCAAUACAAGUUGGCUGGGAACAGUCAAGCUCUGAAAAUGGCAACCUGGAUGGCUGAUUACUUCUAUGGCCGUGUUCGUAAUGUGAUAAAGAAGUACAGCGUUGAACGACACUGGCAAUCUCUGAACGAGGAGACUGGUGGCAUGAAUGAUGUUCUCUAUCAGAUAUACAGCAUCACUGGAGAUUCCAAGUAUUUGCUGCUCGCACAUCUCUUUGACAAGCCUUGCUUUCUCGGGGUGCUUGCAAUUCAGGCCGAUGACAUAAGCGGAUUUCACUCUAACACACAUAUUCCCAUUGUUGUCGGAUCCCAACUCCGGUAUGAAAUCACUGGUGAUCCACUCCAUAAGGAAAUCUCGAUGUUUUUUAUGGACAUCGUUAAUGCUUCUCACAGCUAUGCAACUGGAGGAACAUCAGUCAGUGAGUUCUGGCAAGAUCCAAAGAGAAUGGCGACUACGCUCCAAACUGAAAACGAGGAAUCAUGUACUACUUAUAACAUGCUCAAGGUCUCUAGGAAUCUAUUCAGGUGGACAAAAGAGGUUAGCUAUGCAGACUAUUACGAGCGAGCUUUGACCAACGGUGUGCUCGGAAUUCAAAGAGGAACCGAGCCUGGACUGAUGAUUUACAUGCUCCCAUUGGGUAGAGGUGUUUCUAAGGCCGUGACUUAUCACGGUUGGGGAACACCAUAUGGUGCCUUCUGGUGUUGCUAUGGCACUGGAAUUGAAUCUUUCUCAAAACUGGGAGAUUCUAUUUAUUUUCAAGAAGAUGGGGAAUCUCCAGCUCUUUAUGUCACCCAAUAUAUAUCUAGCUCACUCGAUUGGAAAUCUGCUGGUCUUUCGCUAUCUCAGAAAGUUAAACCCGUUGUGUCGUGGGAUCCGUACAUGCGUGUGACAUUCUCUUUCUCUUCUUCCAAAGGGGGAAUGGGCAAGGAGUUGACUUUGAAUCUAAGAAUUCCAGUUUGGACAAACUCUGAAGGUGCCAAAGUAUCUUUGAAUGGGCAAUCCCUGAAAGUACCAGCUUCAGGUAAUUUUCUAUCAAUCAAACAGAACUGGAAAUCCGGUGAUCAAGUAACGAUGGAACUACCGUUGAGUAUCAGAACCGAAGCUAUAAAAGAUGAUCGGCCCGAGUACUCUUCUCUUCAGGCCAUACUGUAUGGUCCCUACUUGUUAGCUGGACACACGAGCAAGGACUGGAGCAUCACAACUCAGGCUAAAGCUGAAAAAUGGAUAAAUUCUAUACCUGAAACUCAUAACAGCCACCUUGUCACACUCUCACAACAAUCUGGAAACAUAUCUUACGUCUUGUCAAAUAGCAACCAAACCAUCACGAUGGAAGUAUCGCCUGCCCCUGGGACACAAAACGCUGUUGCGGCGACUUUCAGGCUCGUGACCGCUGAUUCCAAAGGACGGAUUUCGGGUCCAGAGGAGCUAAUUGGAAGCCUGGUCAUGAUCGAACCGUUUGAUUUCCCUGGCAUGCUUGUGAUGCAAGCAACUAAUAGCUCCCUUGCGGUUCAAGACUCUUCUUCCACCGACCAAGAUGCUUCGAGGUUUCGGUUAGUAGCUGGAGUUGACGGGAAGCCAGGAAGCGUGUCGCUUAGGCUAGAGAGCAAAAAGGGUUGCUUUGUCUACAGCGAUCAAGUCCUAGAGCCGGGAAUGAAACUGAGGCUUGAAUGUAAUUCGGAUGCGACUGAUGAGAAGUAUAAACAGGGAGCAAGCUUUAGGUUUAAAAAAGGAAUGAGUCAAUACAAUCCGAUGAGUUUCGUGAUGAGUGGAACACAGAGGAACUUUGUGUUAUCGCCUUUGUUCAGCUUAAGAGAUGAAACAUACAAUGUGUACUUCAGUGUACAAACUUGAAGAAAAUAACCUUUAGAACUCCUUUAGUACAUUAGAUUGGGAGCAAAAUAAGAAAGAAAAAAAGUCUUAUGGAAUUAGCUACAAGGGUUGUGUUUAGAUGUUUAGCCUCUUAGGUGGUUUGUGUUCAAUUUAAUCUACAAAUGUAUGUUGCAUGUUACAAUAAAAUAUAAAUAUAGGCAAUGUUUUUAUAAAUUGUAAUGAAAG